UAUUUGAUCACCUAGAACAUGGAGGGGGGCGAAAAGAUAUCCUAUCCUCUCGGCAUCGAGCAACCGGCGACUGCGGCAUCGACCGACGCUAAUGGCAUGGCGACGGAGACGCGUUUCAAGAUGCCCGUGGACUCCGACCACAAGGCGACGGAGUUCUGGCUCUUCUCGUUCGCGAAGCCGCACAUGCGCGCGUUCCAUCUGUCGUGGUUCUCCUUCUUCUGCUGCUUCGUGUCGACGUUCGCGGCCCCGCCGCUCCUCCCCCUCAUCCGCGACAACCUCGGGCUCACCGCCACCGAUAUCGGGAACGCGGGGAUUGCCUCCGUGUCGGGGGCCGUGUUCGCGCGUCUCGCCAUGGGCACGCUAACCCUCGUGACCACGCCGGCCGUCUACUACACGUCGGUUAUCCGCUCGGCCAAUGGUUUCCUACUCGCGCGCUUCUUCACCGGCUUCUCACUCGCGUCCUUCGUGUCGACGCAGUUCUGGAUGAGCUCCAUGUUCUCCCCGCCGAAGGUCGGCAUCGCCAACGGCUUCGCGGGCGGCUGGGGCAACCUCGGCGGCGGCGCCACGCAGCUCAUCAUGCCGCUCGUCUACGACCUCAUCCACAAGAUCGGCAGCACGAAUUUCACCGCGUGGCGCAUCGCGUUCUUCAUUCCGGGCUUCAUGCAGACGGUGUCGGCGAUCCUCCUGCUCGCGCUCGGCCAGGACAUGCCGGACGGGAACUUCCGGAAGCUGCAGAAGGCCGGGGACAAGCCCAAGGACAGCUUCGCAAAAGUGUUCUACCACGCCGUGACCAACUACCGGGGAUGGAUAACUGCGCUCACCUACGGGUACUGCUUCGGCGUCGAGCUCACGAUCGACAACAUCAUUGCGCAGUACUUCUACGACCGGUUCAGCGUCAAUCUCCGCACCGCAGGGAUAAUCGCCGCCAGCUUCGGCCUUGCCAACAUCAUUUCGCGGCCUGGAGGGGGUUUGCUCUCCGACUGGCUCUCCGACCGGUUCGGGAUGCGGGGGCGGUUGUGGGGGCUGUGGGUAAUGCAGACCCUCGGCGGCAUCUUCUGCAUCCUGCUGGGCAAGAUGGGGACACUAAGCAGCGCCAUCGUGGUCAUGAUCCUCUUCUCCCUCUUCGUCCAGGCCGCCUGCGGCCUCACCUUCGGCGUCGUCCCCUUCAUCUCACGAAGGUCGCUGGGGCUGAUCUCUGGGAUGACAGGAGGCGGCGGAAACGUUGGUGCGGUGGUAACGCAGGUGAUAUUCUUCAAGGGAUCGAAAUACCUAACAGAAGACGGCAUUACUUACAUGGGCAUCAUGAUCCUCUGCUGCACCCUGCUGAUCAUCCUCAUCCAUUUCCCGCAGUGGGGCAGCAUGUUGCUGCCGCCGAAGUCGGGCGCCACAGCGGAGGACUACUACCUUGCCGAGUGGAGUGAGCACGAGAGGGCAAAGAACUACCACAUCUCGAGCAUCCGGUUCGCCGACAACAGCGUGCGCGAGGGCGGGCGGAGCCAGCGUGGCGGGUCGAGCCAUUCGAAGCACACUGUCCCGGUCGACGCAUUGCCGUCUCGUGUUUAAUCGAGGAUCAUGACCAAAUGAUUCUUUUACACAAAAUGCAUUGAUUUGGUUUCAAGUUCUACAAUUUGAAAUGUGAAGAGAGGGGGAUGUGUAUUUCAGUGUGUGUUUUUUUUUCCUUUUGCCGUAUAUUUCUUAAUUUCUUUUGUAUGUGUGCUAAUUUAAGUUCCAAUUUCCAAA